GAAUACAUCAAAAAACGAGUAUUGCCCUUCGCACUGUUGAGCGUAACCUCAAUAAGCUCAAAAAAUGGAGAAACAGGCACAUUCUCGCGUCACCGGAUAAUAUUCAUCGAUGAGACAGCAUUAGAUCUUUCUCGAAUAAGACUCGUCGAUGGCACAAAAACAGCAAAGAGCCAUUCGGCGAUUACUAAAAUCGUUUCAGAAGGGGAGGCAUCUCGCGAAAGAGAAAAACGCCUGUUUUAUUCCACGAAUAUCAUGGAUGCACCAUUUUAUGAGAGUAUAUUUGAUCCAAAGCACAUGUCAAAUGUUGCCAGAAAUUCAUUGCCGAAAAUAGAAUUCAUGUUAUUAAUUGGUCAUCCAACAAUCCAGACCUCAACCCCAUCGAAAGCGUGUGGCAGAUUAGGAAUGCCGCUACUUUUGACUGAAGAAUGA